AUGUCGCUGCGAAAGCACGACUUGCAGCGACGACAGAGUGAAUAUUCAGUACGGUCAAGUUAUUCAAAGCCUGUUUUCUGUGUUGUUUGUUACAGGCCUAUCGAUGCACUUUCUUCGCCUUUUGAUCCGGGAUGCGGGCAUAUCGGGCAUGAGGAGUGUUAUAGACAGAAGUCGAUAUGUCCCAAGUGUUUGGGUUCAGUUAAUAUGGUUGCAGGUUGUAGAGGUAAAAAGCAAGAAAAUAUGUUUCAAAAAUUAUUUGCAAAUGCACGGCAAAAAAGUAUGUUUUUUAGAAAUUCAACUAUACCACUGGAGCAACAGCGUGUAUGUAAGCCUUCACAAGCGGAUUUUUUUUUAGCACGAAAAAUAUCAGAUAUUCCGUCGCAUCCAGCUAUUUUUGGGAUUGAUUUUGAAGUUUUUACAGAUUAUGAUACCCUUAAGAAUACAGAAGAAGAAGUUAUAAUGUAUAUUAAUAUAUUGUCGCAGUAUCAGGAUACGAUCGACUUGCCUCAGAUAUAUUUACUUGACGUUGCUAUUUGUUUAGAUAUGUCUGAAUCUAUGGCUCAUGGAAAUAAACUUUCUGUUGCAAAAGAAAUAGUAUUUACACUUCUAUAUGAUCUUCAGUCUACGGAUAGAUUGUGUAUACUUACAACUCUUCCUGAUGAUAAAAAUAAGAUUUUUGCUCUUCAUACGUGUGAUAAUCUUCAUAAAGUAGCCGUUCAGACCAAUUUAGGGGAAAGAUUGAAAGAAAUGAAGGGUAUUUAUAGUUGUUAUUCUGAUGAUGGAAUAAAUAAAGCUCUUGAUAUUCUUAUAAAAAACAAAAGACAUGGAAGAUUGAGGCAUAUUAUUAUUAUUUCAGAUGGUUAUGAAACUUCGUUAUCGAGUGAUAAAAUAAAUCAUGUUUCCUGUCAAGCUAAACGACAUAAUAUUUCAAUACAUGCAUUUGGGGUUGGACCUUGUCCUGAUCCGACUCAUUUACGACAUUUGGCAAGCUUAGGAGCAGAAGGAGGAUGUUAUAUCUUUGUCGAUGAAACCAGAAAGGUUAAAAAUUUCCUAAAAUUAUGUGCGGCUGGCGCUUGCAUGGCUAAUUUAUCUAAUAUCAAAAUUAAUGUUACUGGUUUGGAAGGAGUAGGUAUUUGUGAGAUGAGAAGUGACAAAAAUGCAUAUUAUGAUGCUGAUAGCGUCUAUAAGCAUGAUAACAAAUUAGAAUUAAUGAUUGAAAAUUUAACACCAUUUGAAGAACGAUCUUUUUUUAUUACGCUAAACGUGCCACUUCCUCCUAGUUUUUCUGGGUCUAAUUCUUUUGUUGUUUCAACGGAAGCUCUUGCUUCCGAGCUUGAAAGCAUGAUAAAGGCUUUUCCUGCAAACAUAGCUUCUUGUAAAGUGUCUUAUAAACAUCCAUGUUUUUCGACAUCCACAUUACUACGGUUAAAUACAAGGUAUGCUACUGUUAAACGAUUGGGUCAUUCAGAAUGUUCCCAAGAAACAUCAAGAACUCGUAAUCCAACAGUUCUUCUUGCUCUUUUGCGUCAAUACGCGCUUGAAGGAAUUGUCAAUGCUCAUGAAAUGGUUGGUCGAGGGCGUGCAAAAGCUGCUGCUAGUUUGAUCGAUAUUGCUCUUGGAAAAAUAGAAGAAGCAGUUAUUGAUGAAGUAUGGAGACCGGAUGAAGUUUGUGAGUUGAAAGAUGAACUUCAUUUUCAACGAUCAAAAAUUCGUUUAAGAACAAUUCCAAUAACACCUCGUCGAGCAUAUACAUGUGUAAGUCCAUCUUCUCAUGAACGAUGUUCCAGAAUUGCUCCACUACGCGCCUCGCCAAAAACUUCACCUACACAUGUUUCGAAAGAACUAUGGAAGUCACCACAAAGAGCUAAUGAUGUUACUGCUGACUGUCAUAGUCCACAUAAGUCUGUUUUAAAAGACCAUUCUGUAAAUUCAGUUACAACAAUGGAAACACCCAAAUCAUCACGAAAUUUAUCGCUUGCGAGGACACAAUCACAUAUUACAAAAACAACAACAACAAUAGAAUAUUCAACAAGCCUUUCAGCGCUAAAACAAGGGAAACCUACACGUCGACGGAGCCUUGAUCCUGUUGUAUUACGUGAGUCGAGCAGCUAUAGCUCAGUUACACUUCCUCAAGGCAACGCACGCAUUCUUCAUCGUAAAGAGAGUUCUCAAGCUGACGAUGAAGCAAAACGCAUUUGGCGUGAGCUUAAGCGAGAGAUGCGUGUGUCCAAAUCACCUGUUAAGCUUAAAGAGGUUUACUAG